AUUGCAGCAUCAAAGGAAACAGAUUUUUCAUCCUGGUGUGAAAAUUGAUAGUUUUGCAAGGAAGUUGGAGUCAUUUAAUUAUGAAACAAGCUUAAAACAUCGCCGACGUUGAAAGUGAGAGUUAUCAGAAUAAAAGAAAUAAGUAAUUCACAUCGGAAACCGGAAAAAUCGAAAUAAAUUCAGGAAAAAUGACAGCCGUAGACGAAAGAACUAUUUAUGCUAAACUGGAAGCUAUGAAAGACAUUCGUUCAAAAACCUUGCAGCUGGAAAAGGUAAAACUUAAAAUUAUUCGCGAAGUAGAAAACGGCGAUGCGGAAGAGAAGUGUCUUGCCGAAUAUCGCCGCGAGCUUGAGCUCCUGAUGCAGGAAAAGAUGAGUCAUGUAGAGGAAUUAAGGCAAAUUCAUGCAGACAUUAAUGCGAUGGAAACUGUCAUCAAACAGGCGGAAGAGAACAGAAUUCGAUCGAUCAAUAUGGCGAAUCGAUUUCACGAGGAAUAUGUACCGCUGAAGUCGGACGUCGACACGAUGCGCCGUGAAUAUCUUGGACUGGAGCGUCUUCCGGAACUACACGAGGAAGAGGGAUCGAUUAUCUCCCCAGAGUAUCGUUUCCAGAACUACUACACAGGCAACAAAUCGAUAACGAAUCCGGCAGCAACUUUUGCUCGGCCUCCACUUUCGGCACACCAUCCUUUACCACCGGACGGACCGGUUACCGCACUUCCACCGACGGCUCCACCUGGUUUCCUGCCGCCACCGCCUGUGGCUAUGCGCAUCAAUAAACCACCAGAGCUUCCCACCAAUCGACUCCAACCGGCUCCCUCUACCAUCGGAAUAGGUCAUCCCACGUUCAGGUCUGAUUUCAAUGUCAAUCUGAGUCUUUCCAGACAACAACCGCCGCCGAUGAAGUCGUGUCUUUCCUGCCACCAGCAGAUCCAUCGUAACGCUCCGAUUUGUCCCCUGUGUAAGGCAAAGAGUCGAUCGCGCAAUCCGAAGAAGCCGAAAAAGAAGGAGCACUAAUAAAGUCUGUGUGAGACGCCACUUCACAGAUCGACUGACCACAGUGUUUGUAGUUCCCAUCUUCCGAUGAGAUGAGUUUGCAUUUAAUAAUUCGCUUUGAAAUGUAACGUUUAAGUGUUUUUAGUUUUUUUUUUCUUUAUUGUACGGACUUGCCAACAUUAUAAGCUGUUCAAUUCAACUAAUUUUGUUGACUGUUCUAAGGAGUAUUUGUAAACUCCGGUGAACGUGUGACUAACGAUACUUAUUAGGAACCCUACGAGGUGAUCUUCAUUUCGUUUAAGUGAAACGAAAAUAACAUUAUACGUAGCGUAGUAUAUAGCCAACAUAACUGACCAGUGUAAUGAUAAGCUUUUAAUUUUCAAUCAAUAAACGUAAAUA